AUGGAUGCCAUGGCCCGAUCAUUUGGUUUUCAGUGCAAAGCAGUCACUCUAACUCCUCCAUCAAGGUUUCUAUUGGUGAUAUUUAUGGUAAAUGUUGCACCGAAGUUGGAUACACCCAGACAAAUUAAUAUUGGCGGUAGAGCCGCUUCGCUGAGAAAUACUGGUAGUUACCGUUCACAGCUUACGGAUAAUGAUAUGGUUGUCGAUGACUACGACCAGUACGGCAAUGACCGUUCUGAUGUCGUCGUCGUCUCUCCACCUGGCUCCUCCAGUGAGCCCGAACCGGAGCCUCUGGCUACCGACUUUGAGGCGAUGAUGGCAAAAGUGCUUCCCGAGAAUCCGGAUUUGGAAACAGAAGCGCAGACGUAUCAUACAUGGAACAUCGAGAACUGGACAAAAUUGCGGCGGAAGGAGCACGGUCCGGUUUUUGAAUGUGGAGGAGCUCCAUGGCGCGUCCUGUUUUUCCCAUUCGGGAACGGUGUCGAACAUGCGUCUUUCUACCUCGAACACGGCUUCGAGAAGUCACCCCCGGAUGUCGCACACCACCGCUUUAAUGCGGAUGAGGCCGACUGGGGUUUUACACGGUUUUGCGAACUGCGGAAAUUAUUCCAGCAAUCCAUCAAUGAUAAAGGUACUCCUUUGGUAGAGAAUGAAGCCGCCAACGUUACCGCAUAUGUCCGCGUUGUGAAGGAUCCAACAGGAGUUUUAUGGCAUAGUUUCCAAAAGUCUUUACGAUUCGAAGAAAGAAACUGGAAUGUCUCUAUUUUUUACAAACUCGUUCCGAAAGAACACGACGCCAAUAGGUCAAAUUCCGCGUGGACCCUUCAGCGACUAUUUUACCAUCUGCAAACUAGCGAUCUUCCAGUGUCGACAGCUGAACUCACCUCCUCCUUUGGCUGGGAAUCGAGGCAUACUUUUGAACAACAGGAUGUCCAAGAACUUUCUAGGUUAUUAAUGGAUAAACUCGAAGGACAGAUGAAAGGCACUCCUGCCGAAAAAGCGCUUCCCUCUCUUUUCGUUGGAAAGACAAAGACAUAUAUAUCCUGCAUUCACGUUGACUACGAGUCGUCCAGGAUAGAAGACUUUUGGGAUAUCCAACUGAACGUUCGAGGGAAUCGGACGCUGGAUGACAGCUUCAAAGAUUACAUCCAGGUGGAAACCUUAGAGGGAGAGAACAAGUAUGAUGCUGGGGAACCAUACAAACUACAGGAUGCGAAAAAGGGCGUGAUAUUUGAGAGUUUCCCUCCCGUUCUUCACCUUCAUCUCAAACGAUUCGAAUAUGACAUCAACCGAGAUGCUAUGAUGAAAAUCAACGACAGACUCGAGUUUCCAGAAGAGUUUGACGCGGCACCGUAUCUUUCCGAGGAUGCAGAUAAAUCAGAACCUUGGAUCUAUCAAUUACACGGCGUUCUUGUGCAUAGCGGUGACUUCAAUGCUGGGCACUAUUAUGCAUAUCUGCGACCAACUAAGGACAGUUUAUUUUAUAGAUUUGACGACGACAAGGUUAUUCGCGCAACCAUGAAGGAAACUCUCGAGGAAAAUUUUGGUGGGGAAUAUCCCAACCUCGCAAACGGAACAGCUGGGGUUAGACAACCAUACAUGCGAGGCUUCUCCACGAAACGAUCAAUGAACGCAUACAUGCUGGUUUAUAUCAGGAAAUCUCGCGUGGAUGAUGUACUUGUUAGUUUGAAGAAAGAUGACAUUCCUGCACAUCUCGAAAAGCGUCUCAAUGAGGAACGUGCUGAGUUAGCGCGGAAGAAAAAGGAGCGGGAGGAACAACAUCUUUAUAUGAACGUUGGAUUGUUAACCGAUGAGUCAUUCAAGUCUCAUCACGGAUUUGAUUUGACCAGCUUAGAUUUGGAACCUGACGAUCCCGCAGCUGCGAAAAUACACCGCGUCCUUAGGGCUAAGAAAGUUGGCGAGUUUGCGGCCGAGAUCGCGGAAGAAAAGGGAUUGACACCAGAUCAAGUGAGGCUAUGGGUAAUGGUGAAUCGUCAAAAUAAAACAACACGUCCUGAUCAGCCCCUGAAAGAUCUCGAAAUGUCUGUUGAGGAGGCGUUCACUCGGUUUGGUACCAAGGGAAAUCAGUUCCGGCUAUUUGUCGAGGUAGGAGAAAUAGGUACGGAUGGGAAAGUAACCUGGCCAGAAACCUCAGGCAAUAACGCGACGAGCCUCGUUUUCCUGAAACACUUUGAUGUUCUCCAGCAAACGCUCACUGGAGUAGGUCAUGCUUUCGUUCGAAAGCACUCUAAAGUAUCAGAACUGGCCGGGCCAAUACUGGAGAUUAUGAAUUGGCCUGCAGGAACCCCAUUCAUAUUAUAUGAGUCGGAAAUACAAGAUGGGGAUAUCAUCUGCUUCCAACGCCAAGUCAACGAUUCUGAACUCCCUCCUACUGUCCUAUACACAGAUGCGAGGCAAUACUACGAUUACCUCCUCAACCGUAUCUCAGUCAAAUUUGCUCCCCUAAAGCCAAAUGAUAGCGAAACUUUCGAUCUGACACUCAGCCGCAAGAUGACAUACGAGCAAUGGACAACGAAAGUUGGGGAACAUUUGAAUGUCGAUCCGACUCAUAUACGAUUUGCACCUGUACUCCAGAAUAGUGGAAAACCUAAGCCGUUCAUCAAACGGAAUGCGACCCAAAAUCUCCAGCAGAUUCUCACCAGCCAGUAUUCCGCUUACGGGUAUGCUGCGCAUCGACCAGACGCCCUUUAUUACGAAAUUUUGGAAACCAGUUUAAGCGAAUAUGAAACGAAGAAGAUAAUAAAGGUCAUUUGGCUUCCGGAUGGCAUUUCCAAAGAGCAACCAUUUGACGUUCUUGUCUCUAAGAGCGGCAAUAUUGGUGAUCUACUAUUAAGCUUCCGGAAGAGGGCUAACCUCGAUGAAGAGACGUCCAAAAAUCUGCGUUGUUAUGAGGUCUAUGGCGGAAAAGUUUACAAAGAGAUCCCCGAAAACUAUAGCAUUCUCAGCCUCUCGGACUAUGUUACUCUCUAUAUCGAGCGGAUACCACAGGAGGAACUUGACAUGCAAGAAGGUGAAUUCAAAAUUGAUUGCUUCAAUUUUGAUAAGGAGCCCAAUAAGCCACAUGGAGUCCCUUUUAGAUUUGUUGUGAAACCGGGCGAGAUCUUCAAGGAGACCAAGGAACGGCUCUCGAAACGGACAGGAAUUCGAGGCAAGCAGUUUGAGAAAAUCAAAUUUGCCAUGGCUUUACGUCAAGGGUUCUGUACCCCAAGAUACAUUGAAGAUGACGACGUUCUCGCCGAUUUAGCGACCGAGCCACAAGAUGUGCUCGGACUGGAUCAUGUAAAUAAGAACAGAAGCUUCUGGAGAAGCGAAAGUUUCUUUAUUCGAUAG